UCGCCUUUUCCACGAAUGUUUGCGCUGCUCACAACUCACUGUGUACUCAUCACACACCUUUCUAUUUUGCAGUGCACAUAGUAAAUUGCGACUCAGCUUACUCACUUUUCCCUGAACACAACAAAUCCAUUACUUUGGAUUCACUUCCUCAAAGGUCGCACCAGAUCUUUAAAUGGAAUGUUUUUUGUUUUGGAAGCGAUGACACAACACAACCUGUCACAGUCGCCAAAUGUGUAACUUGGUUCCGCCGCUGGGAAUCACCCAUUGCACCCAGAGCACGAAUGCACGUCUUACCUUGUUGGCUGUUUGACUCUCUCUGACGAGAGCUGCGGUUGUGAUAAUUGAUCGAGCUCGAGACGGCAUAUAAUAUUUGAUGGAAUAUGAGACGGCACGUCUUGCCUCACACACCAUGUCAAUAAGUUUUGUGCGAGUUAGCAACGAUCCCGAUCACCUACAUUCUUACACCAGCGGCAUGACGUACCACAUGUUGAAAACAUCAACAACCCGGACCACCAACAUGCACCGAGUCACCAACCACCACCGAGCCAGCGACGCGACGCACCACAUGCUGAUACCGAUCCAGGACAAUAGGAACCAAGAAGAUCACCAAGCGAGGAGACGGACACUGUGGAUUUCACCCGAUCGAUAGGAGGGCCCUUAGUAGCAGAAGCAGCAACAGCAGCGGAGCAAACAGGAUCAUCCCGGACUAUCUGCCGCUUCUCCCCCGAUAGUGGACGCCGCCAAAAAAGUCCGGAUUCAUCAAUGCCGGCCGAAUCAAGGACACGGUCCUAUAUACUCCUGCUACUAUUCAUUAUUCGACCCGUAGUGCUGGAAACAAAACAUGACGUGAAAAUUCAUCUACAGAACUUAGGACGACAACCUAUCCUGAUAUUUCACCAAGGAGAAGGACGACUCAGACUGGACUACAAAUAUUAUAUACACCAUUUUAAUCUCACCAUCAUUAGAACACAAAUCAAAGGCCUCAGAGAUCAAUUUGAUAACUUUAGCAAAAACCAGUUCACGGAUUUAAUAGUUGAAAAAUUUAACGAAAUUGAUUUCGCUUUAAAAAGCAAAGACCCAAUUAGAAGACAUAAGCGCUGGGAUAGUUUAGGUACGAUUUGGAAAUUCUUAGCUGGUAGCCCAGACGCCAACGAUUUGAAAAUUAUAAAUUCAUCCAUAAAUAAUCUCAUCAUUAAUAAUAAUGAACAAGUAAAAAUAAAUCGCGAAGUUAAUUUACAACUAAAAGAGGCUAUAUUUCAAACAAAAAAAGGAAUACAGUUAUUUAACGUUAGAUCAAUAGAAAUGUACUGUACAAAACUCUUAUUUCACUUGAAUUUCUUGUCUGAAAAACUAAAUCAAAUUAUUAAUACUAUAAUGCUAGCUAAAUUAGGAUUAGUUAAUGAACAAAUUUUAAGCCAAAGAGAAAUUGACAUUUUAAUUACAGACUUAGCUAGGGAAAAUAUUACAGUUCACACUGCUGUGGAGGCAACAAAUUAUGCGACGACGUCGGUAGCAUCGAAUAACUUAGAGAUUGCCCUUAUCAUCAAGAUGCCAAAGCUAGACCCAAGGAUUUUCAACAAGAUACGUCUAUACCCCAUCAUACACAACAAUAAGAAAGUACAUACACUCCAUCAGCUUUAUCUAACCCACGAUGAUGAAAUUUACCGAAUAGGUUCAAUCGAACCAACCAUAUUCGCUACACACGAAAUUCAGCUGGAUAAUACAACUUGUAUACCGAAAUUGUUAAAAGGAGAACCUGCGACUUGCAAUUACACAUCAAACCCAAUCGAAGAAGAAGUCCUUUACCUUGACGAGCGACAUAUACUUAUAAACACGAUGAAAAAUUUCACUUUAUCAUCUAACUGCGGAAUAACUCAAAGGAAUCUUUCAGGAUCAUUUGUUAUAUUCUUCAGCAACUGUCAACUAUACGUCAACAACGUUUUAUACACAUCGAGAGUACAAACCUUACCAGGUAAUCCAGUUCAACUUCAUUUGGAUGGAGUCGAAAUCAAAAUGCAACAAGAAAUCUUGAACAUUAGUGUGGAACAUCUUCACAAGCUUCAGUUAGAAACUCGAAAGGAAUUGGAAUUGCUUCGUCUAAACAACACCAGUCUGCAUUUUCCACAUUGGAGUAUCUUCGGAGGAAUGGCCAUUUCGCCAUUCAUAAUCGGUUCCCUACCUUUUUUAUGUUUCCUCAUCUACAGAAACAGUACAAUACAAGUCAAUCUUAACAACUCUCAUCCCAACAACUCAUCUCAAGACCAGAAUACAUCAAUGAAACCGGAAGCAGUACAACUACCAUUGGACAACAUCCGACCCACGUUCAGGACUUUGUCAAUCAGAGACGUGAUUCAGAUGGAACCGAAUCACUAAAGGGGGACGAGUUAGCAACGAUCCCGAUCACCUACAUUCUUACACCAGCGGCAUGACGUACCACAUGUUGAAAACAUCAACAACCCGGACCACCAACAUGCACCGAGUCACCAACCACCACCGAGCCAGCGACGCGACGCACCACAUGCUGAUGUUAGCAUUACUGAUUUUGGGCAGCAUGUGUUUACAAACAUGUGUUGUUUUUCAUUCUCAGACCGAUCCAGGACAAUAGGCCACUUUGUUUAGCAUAAAUAAUCUACAUUUGAAAACGAACUGUACCUUUUUAAACUCAGACAAGAAAUAAAGAAUCAGAGUUAUUUUG